AUGACCUCUUUUAAAUUUAAUUUCUCCGGUAAUACCGAUGACUUACACGAGAAAGAUAAGGAAGAAAUCAAAUGGUUCGAUAGUGAAGAAGUUAUCCCAAGUCAUCAAGUAAAAGAAAUUAAAGAUUUGUUGUCUCAUGCUAAAAUGUUUGUAUGCGGCGAUGUGGAGAUAGGACAUGUAUCAGUUAACAAUAUGAUAACGUAUUUGAAAUACAAGGGGAUUGGAACUGUUCUUGAACUUGCUGAGAAAAAACACAGUGACCUAGUCACCGGUAAAUAUGAAGGAGGAUUGAAAAUUUGGGAAUGUACAUAUGAUCUAAUUGAAUAUUUCGAAGAUAAUUCAAAAACUAUUAUGUUUAAAAAUAAAAAAGUUUUAGAUUUAGGCUGUGGUGCUGGUAUACUGGGAAUAUAUUCAUUGUUAAAAGGUGGAAUUGCCACUUUUCAAGAUUAUAACAAAGAAAUAGUACAAUACUCUACCAUACCAAAUGUUUACUUAAACUUUGAAGAGGAGGAAUUGAGUGCAGAAAUAAAAAAAUGUAAAUUUUAUUCAGGGGACUGGGCUUCAUUCAACAAACUUUUAGAUGAAUCUGAAAAGUUUGACAUAAUACUCACAUCAGAAACGUUGUACAAUCCAAGCAAUUACAAUAAACUUAUUAGCCUAUUCAAAGAUAGAUUAAGCGAUAAUGGUGACAUUUUUAUAGCAUCUAAAACAUAUUAUUUUGGUGUUGGAGGUGGUACAAGACAAUUUGAAACUGCUAUAAAAGAUUCAUCUCUAGAUAAUGAAGUUAUAUGGAAAACAACUAAUGGGAUACAAAGAGAAAUUUUAAAAAUAAAACAUUCUUGAAAUA